AUGUCUGCCUCACUCCCCGGUUCCCGGGACCUGCCAUCCUCUCAAUAUAAUCUGAAGAGCUACUGGGGCCGUGUCCGUCAUGCCGUUGACCUCUCUGACCCUCGCCUGGAAGAGGCCAAGGCUCUGAUUUCUUCGUACAAGCAGAACAAGAUCCCCGUCAUGACCCCGGAUCUGUGGGCGGCCAAGAAACUUGUUGACUCGACCCUGCACCCGGACACCGGCGAAGCCGUCACGCUCCCUUUCCGCAUGUCCGCCUACGUUCUGACCAACCUGGUCGUCACUGGCGGCAUGCUUACCCCAGGCCUCCAGACAACGGGAACCCUCCUCUGGCAAAUCACCAACCAAUCCCUAAACGUCGCAAUCAACAAUGCCAACGCCAACAAAUCAACCCCCCUCUCCACCUCCCAAAUCGCCAAGUCCUACCUCAUGGCCGUCUCAGCCUCGUGCUCCGUCGCCCUGGGUCUGAACGCCCUCGUCCCCCGCUUGAAAGGCAUUGCCCCAAACACCCGCCUCAUUUUAUCCCGCCUGGUGCCCUUCGCCGCCGUCGCGAGCGCUUCAGCCUUAAACGUCUUCCUCAUGCGCGGCGAGGAAAUCCGUCAAGGAAUCGACGUCUACCCCAUCCUCUCGGCCGAGGAGCGCGCUAAGCGCGAAGCCCUCGGCGACGACGCACCUCCCCUCGAGAGUCUGGGUAAGAGUAAGAAGGCUGCUACAUUGGCCGUUGGCGAGACGGCUAUUAGCCGUGUGUUGAAUGCCACGCCUAUUAUGGUCGUGCCUCCUCUUAUCCUGGUUAAGUUGGAGAAGACUGAGUGGUUGAAGGCGCGGCCUCGAAUGGUUCUCCCUGUGAAUCUGGGUCUUAUUUUGACGACUUCGCUGUUUGCGCUGCCCUUGGCUUUGGCGGCUUUCCCCCCAGCGUCAGGCUAUUUCUGCUGGUAG